AUGGUCACUUCUCCAGAAUGCGAUGAUUCGCUCAAGGCGUUUAUCCAGUUAUGCGCUGAACAUGAUCUUUUGACUGAACCCGAGGGCCUUGAAAAGGGAGAUCUCUACGACGGGUUAUCAGACCCGUCCACUCUCUUACGAUUUUUAACAGCCCGUCGAUUCAACGCCGACGGUGCCCUCAAGCAGUUCCAAGAAGCAUCACAGUUCCGCCGAGAGAAGCACAUCGUGAGACUUUACGACAUCGUUGAAAUUGCUGAUUUUGAGCAAGCUCGUCAAUUUUAUCCACAUUGGACAGGUCGUAGAGGCAAAAGCGGUCUACCGAUAUGCAUGUUUGAUCUUUCCUUUUAUAAUAAAAAGAAUCUAGCGUGUUGGGAACAGACACGCCAUACAGCACCUUGGUCAGAUUCACAGUCUCAUGCAAACCUACCACCAAAACCCGAUAUGUUGCAGCUGGCUUCUGUGUACCACGAUAGUAUCGCUCGCCUGGUCUUUCCUCUCUGCUCUAUGAUGACUGACAGGCCGAAUCCUUCGGUAGCAAUCACCAGCUCCAUAUAUCUUGUGGACGCAUCAGACCUAGGGUUAAAGCAGGGAUGGAGCUUGAGAUACUUUGCUCAAAGUAUCAGUUGGCUGCUAUCAACAUGUUAUCCGGAAACCAUCCAGCGGGUCUUCGUAUGUAAUGCUCCCUCGUAUUUCUCCACGAUCUGGAAAUACCUGAAAGCAUGGGUCGAUACAAAUACGGCAGAGAAGAUCGUGGUGCUGAGUAGCACAGAGGUUUUGCCCGCCCUUGAGGAGUACAUCGAUAAUGCGAACAUACCAACUACAUUCGGCGGUUGCUUUCCCUUCAAACAUGGCAUGCUCCCUGAGCUAGAUGAUAACAUAUGGCAGCAUUUCGGCUGGAGGCUCCCAAGUCGCUCUCUGCCUCCUGGGCCCAUCAAGUGGACCGAGGAUGUGUAUGGUCGGAAGAUCGCACUAGCUGUUGGUGGCGAAGCAGGGUCUAAGAGAAACGAAAAGAUUGCAGUCUUAGAUACUAUCAAGGAAUGA